ACCCUUCCACCCACACUCCGGGCCCUGCCUGCCUGCCUUCCUGCCCGGAGACCCGGGACCUCACCAGCAGCCUCUCCUGUGGGUCCUCACAUGUGCAAGCACCGUAACCAGCAUCUGCUUCUGCCAGUAAAAUUCUGGCCGAGCGCCAUCUGUCUUCUCUUCGUUCCCUCUACCAUUGGCACGAGGAGGUGAUGUUACAUCUGUUUGCAGGGACGGGGCGUCCACGGCAGGUCGGAUGUGGUGGCUGGAGGGUGGCUAGACUCACCGGCUGAGCGACUGCCGCCCACGGUCCGAGUCAAAUUCCCACCUUAGGACACUUACUGAGAGCCUCACACAGUCAGUCCACGGAUGCCAAGAACCUACCAGGUUUUCCCUGUGGGGAUUCAGGUGGCCAGAUCUCUGUCCCGGGCAUCCGUGCAAGCGAAUUACGUCCCACUUGAAGGCUUGUUGAGCUCACAAGGAACCCACUGAAGUAGCUCAAGUUAAGGGAGGGCUUAGGAAAAGCGAUUCCUAAAUUCCAGGAGAUUCCAGGCCAGGACGCAAGACGAGGCUAAGGUCCUGGUGGGCUGCACCAGGAGAGCGGGGGGUGGGGCAUCCCCCCUCUUUCCCGACAGCGUGGCUGCACUCACUGUUCCUCCCUGAUCCCCGGGAAGCCGGCAGCAGGCUUGUGGCUUCAGCCUGCCCCGCCCCGGAUCUGCUGGCAGCGUAAAGGGCCCCAUGGCAGGGAUUGAGCCUGGAGGUGGGGAAUCAGACCACUGGGCUCAGAGGCCACUGGGGACCAUGGAAGGACAGUUUCAGCGGAGUGACGCGGCAAGUCUGAUAGCGCAGUGGGGGCGGGGCAUGUGGAGGACCCUUCCAAGGGCGUCGGCGGUGGACGCGGCAUGUGGCUUCCAAGGCAGCCACGUAUGUGCAGGCAAACUCCAAAGCCCUGGACGCUGGCCUCACGGACCUUGUGAUCUAGUGGGUUUAGCAGACGAUAGUCCCGUGUGGCCUAACUUUAAAGCCGUAGUGGCGUGAACUUCAACCGUCUUCCCUGCCCCUCCACUCAACCAGCUGCCUCUUUGAGGAGAACCCUCAUUCUUGGCUGGAUGUCCGACCUUGAACCUGACCUCCUGUAUCGGGUUUAACCCCUGCCCAGUAAGGAGGGCUUGCCCCGUGGCUUGGGGGUCAAGGAGAAGACCCACUCUGCAGAUGUGCUCACUGAGGCCAGCAGAGCCUGCCUCCCCCACAAGGCUGCUCGUCCUGCUAGAAGCGGCCAGUAGCCUGGAAGGCGCCUUCAUCCGCAGCAUCACUUCAGUCGAGCUGCAGACGAGCCCCGCCUCUGCUCCCGAGACCCCCGCCCAGAGACUGACCAAGCGCCUUGUGCCCCCGGCCCUGCCCCCAGCCUGCCACCCCGCCGCUGGCAUCCACUGUAUUGGGAUUCUCAGGAGGGACAGCUGGUUUGUGUUACAUGCCUGCUGCCUCCUGUCCCCUGCCUAUCUGUCCUGGUUUUAAAUAGCUUAUCUGAGCAGCUGGACGACCACAUGGGCUUAUAUGGCCUGGGGUGCCUGUUCCCUCAGCCCUGUCCCCGGCACCUGCCAAAGUAACAGCCAGCAGCCCCGCUCCCCCUGCCCCCGCCGCCCCCCCAGGGUGUCUCCUGCCGCACAUUCCUCCACCGCGGGGCUUGGCUCCCGGCCGACCGCGUGUCUGCUUAAAGCCCUCUCCAUCCCCUGCCCUCGUCCAGACCCUGCGAGGCUGCGGACACCGCAGGACCGGUCUUCGGCAGCUCCUGCUCUGGCGGAGACCAUGUCGGACGCGGAGGAGGCGGUGGACAAGUCCGAGGGGGAGCAGGAAGAACAGGAGGAGGAAGUGGAAGAAGAGGCUGGAGGCGGGACUGACGUGGAGGAGACCAACACAGAAGAAGGUGGAGAAGACGAAGAUAAAGAGGCUGAAGAUGGCCCAGUGGAGGAGUCCAAGCCCAAGCCCAGGCCGUUCAUGCCCAACCUGGUGCCGCCCAAGAUCCCCGACGGUGAGAGAGUGGACUUUGACGACAUCCACCGGAAGCGCAUGGAGAAGGACCUGAACGAGCUGCAGACGCUGAUUGAGGCGCAUUUCGAGAACCGCAAGAAAGAGGAACAGGAGCUGAUCUCCCUCAAAGACAGGAUCGAGGAACGGCGAGCAGAACGGGCGGAGCAGCAGCGGAUCCGGGCGCAGCGAGACAGAGAGCGGCAGAGCCGCCUGGCCGAGGAGAGGGCCCGCCGGGAGGAGGAGGAGAGCCGGAGGAAAGCUGAGGAUGAGGCCCGGAAGAAGAAGGCUCUGUCUAACAUGAUGCAUUUUGGAGGCUACAUCCAGAAGACGGAGCGUAAAACUGGGAAGAGGCAGACGGAGCGGGAGAAGAAGAAGAAGAUUCUGGCCGAGAGGAGGAAAGUGUUGGCCAUCGAUCACCUGAACGAAGACCAGCUGAGGGAGAAGGCCAAGGAGCUGCGGCAGACCAUCUACGACCUGGAAGCGGAGAAGUUCGACCUGCAGGAGAAGUUCAAGCAGCAGAAAUACGAGAUCAACGUUCUCCGCAACAGGAUCAAUGACAACCAGAAAGUCUCCAAGACCCGCGGGAAGGCCAAAGUCACCGGGCGCUGGAAGUAGAGCCGCAGCUGCCUUCUCCCGGGAUCUGCGCCUCGCGGUGUCCCCGCCCUGCACACCCCCGGCUCCUGGAGUCCUCCAGCACCGGAGGCCCGCUCCCGCCACAGACCAGGAGCUGGCCCAGCCGGAAGCCGCACUCGUGCCCGACCACGCCCCCGCGCCCCACGCCCACCCUAGCCA